UUUAUAUACAUAUAUACAAUGGAACUAUUACCUACAACUUCAAAUAAAAACAACGAUUAUAGUAUACAAACACGUCGAUUUAGAAGGUCUUCUUCUAUCCCUCUUAUUCUAACACGCUUAGUGCGUUUUCCUCAAAUGGACUUUGAAUUUGCACUAUGGCAGAUGGCUUAUUUGCUUAUUGCAUCGAGAAGAGUAUACCGAAACAUUUAUUAUCAUAAGCAAACUAAAAAUCAAUGGGCAAGAGACGAUCCAGCCUUUCUUGUGUUAUUAGCCUGCUUAUUAUGCAUAUCAGCGAUUGCAUGGGGCUUAGUCUUUGGGCUGGGCAUGAUUGGCAUUCUGCGAGCCAUGCUGUUCAUGGUCAUUGUAGACUUUGUCCUUGUAGGAUCCUUUGUAGCUACUUUUACUUGGUUUAUUGGCAAUCGAUUUCUUUGUCAAAAUAACAAUAUACAGACAGCAGAUCAAAGAGUUGAAUGGGCUUAUGCAUUUGAUGUUCACUGUAACUCGUUUUUUCCCUUGUUUCUGGUCCUAUAUGUUAUACAGUUUUUCUUCUUAAACCUACUGAUUCGUCACAACUGGGCAUCUAUUAUUGUCAGUAACAUCUUAUACUUGAUUUCUGCGACUUGGUAUUGCUAUGGAACAUUUCUUGGAUUUAACGUGAUGCCUUUCUUGGUUCACACCGAGAUGUUGUUAUAUCCCAUCGUUGGGUUUGUUAUCAUGUUUAUUCUAUUUACUCUAUUUGGCGUCAAUUUAAGUGAGAAUGUGAUUGGGUUCUAUUUUGGCUGGGACUAAGUAUUUUGCUUUCUUCUAAAAAAAACAAAUGUAUAAUAUUUAACGAAUCAUUGAAAUAUUAUCCAAUAUCUAAAAUAAUAAAAAAAUCGAAUGAUUAAAGAAGAAAAAAGCGACGUUUCUCACC